GCAGGAGGCUUUGUGGAGGCACGGAGGCUUAAAAUGCAGCUCAGUCACGGUCGCAAUAGUCUACCACGUCGUCUAAUGCACAAUACGCGUGUGUCGGGUCUCCAUCGUUAGGAUUUUACUGUGUGAAGCAGGAGACGACAGAUCCAGACUGUUUCCUCCGGUGUUUAGUUGUGUCCAAAGCUGACGGCGGAGUGUCGUCUGCUCUGCACGGUCCAGCCGACUGAACCAGUCCAGACAUGAGUAACGUUAAUCUGAUUUUUUGGGACCAGUUGCAGGCUGGCAGCUCCGAGGUGGACUGGUGUGAAGGCAAUUACCUUAUUUACCCCAGCAUCGCUGAAUUUUACAACACGAUCAGCAACAUUUUGUUUUUUGUUUUGCCGCCCAUAUUAAUGUGCUUGUUCCGCCAAUAUGCAACACAUUUCAACAGUGGGAUUUACCUCAUAUGGAUUCUCCUGGUUGUGGUUGGUAUUGGAUCGACAUAUUUUCACGCCACCCUCAGCUUCCUCGGCCAGAUGCUGGAUGAGUUGGCCAUAUUAUGGGUGCUGAUGUGUGCCAUUGCCAUGUGGUUCCCAAAACGAUACCUACCCAAGAUGUUCAGGAGGGAUCGGUCAAGGUUCAAAGUGGUCAUCGGCAUCUUGUCAGGGAUCACCACGGGCCUGGCAUUUGUCAAACCUGUCCUGAACUCACUGUCACUCAUGACUCUCGGUAUCCCCUGUACUGCACUGCUCAUUACAGAGCUUAAAAGGUGUGAAAACCCCCGUGUGUUCAAGCUGGGCCUGAUCUCAGGGAUCUGGUGGGCGCUGGCUCUGCUUUGCUGGAUCAGUGACAGGAUAUUCUGUGAAAUGUGGUCAUCUGUCAACUUUCCCUAUUUACACUGUGCUUGGCACAUCCUUAUUUGUCUGGCUUCCUACUUGGGUUGUGUUUGCUUCGCCUACUUUGAUGUAGCAACCGAGGCCCCAGAGCGAGGUCCGGUCAUCAUGUUCUGGCCCAACGAGAAAUGGGCCUUCAUCGGCGUACCCUACGUUUCAUUUCUCUUUGUCCACAAGAAGUCUGCUAUCAAAGUGACUUAGAGUGACCCGAGUCUGCUCUGCUGGUUGUGGUUUGACAUUUCUCCCCAGGAUGUGUCCCGGCAAGAUAACAUCAACAUGUCUGUGAGUCAGGUUGCCUCCAUUAGUGGCUGAAAGAUGUGGGCAAAGCACAUUUUGGUCAAACAUUAGGAUUUACCUUUUCCUUUUUCCUUCCUUGGUCUGGUCUUCAUUACUAAACAGUGUUUAUGCAACUCUGUCAAAGAACAAAAGGUGUCACAGAUGUAUCUAGCUUGGUGACACAGGGUGACUCUUUACAUAACACCAUAUCAAAGCCAAGAAACCUUUUUCAGUGUUCUAAACGUGUUCUCAGGCUUUGCAAAGGGAAUCAUGUUAUCUCUAAAGAGUUAAGUAUUAGUAUUAUGCAUUUCAUGCUUUAUUAAAGACAAGAUUUUGUACAUUUUCUAGUAACUUGGAAAACCUCAUUAUAAAGCAUUAGAUUGCCUUUAUAAACACAAAUAUAGCAUCUCAUAGGUGCAGUCUGGCCAUUUCGAACCCAGGUUUAGGAUGAAUAAAGCACUGGAUACAUUAACUGUGAUUAAUGCAUAAUGCAUUCAAUUUUCAUCUUACUAUGCUCAAUUACUCAACCAGCUCGUACAUAAGAUGUUACAGAAGUGUUAUAGGAAGGUAAUUCACACAAAGCCUUAUGUGUGUUAAGUACGUAAUAGAUUCAUGCUGUUCUGCCUGCCAUCUGUGUCGACGAACAGUUGAGUUUAAGUCACAAACACACAAUAGGGUUGUUUCUGUGAUGGGUGUGUUUUACUUAUGUUUUACUUAUAGCAUGCAACUGUGAUUGUUCAGGAUAGUAUUUGAAAAAUGUGUUUAAUAUAUUAUUGUGUAUAGUUUGUUAACUUGUAGUGUAAUUUCCAUAGGAAAAACAAAUCAUUCAUAUAUUACUGAAUGAACAGGUACCCUUUGAGAUAGGCCAAAACCCAAAGUACAAAAAAAAUUGAAUGUAAAAUUAAAAACAUAUUGAAAUAUGACAAUUACCUAGUUUGCACAAGAUGAAGAAUAGUUCUCAAAGCCUUUAACUAAGAACACAGUGCAUAGCACUGUUAAAACAAUCCAGAUGACUGAUAAUUGAAAUAAUUUAAAAGUCAAACUGUUUAAAUUUUUUCAAAUUGUAUUGCUUAUGUACAGCAGCCCAAAACUGCUGAUAAGAUUUUCUUCUCCUGAUUUCAUUUCACAUAGGCAUCUCAACUUUCAAACUGUUCUUCAGGGUUAUUUAUUCUAGUAGACUCAGUAGACUUUAUGCUUAAACUAUGAAUACUGUGCAGGAAGCCUUAAUCAAACAGGACAACGGACUAACAAAGCAACAUGUUUGCUCUAAAAGGGGAAAGGCUGUAUAUCGAUUGCAUUAAGUAACAAAUGGAUGUGAGGUGUAGAUUUUGGGACAGAUUAGGUUUUAGUACCUCUUUAAUCUAUAGUCUAAUUUAGAAAAAAAGAGAACAAUUAAUUCUGUAUGUAGAAUUAAAAAGGGAAGUAUUUUGGGUGUUGCAAAGCUAAGCCUAAAUAGACAAGGAUCACCAAAGCUUUUUCACCUUGAACUAUUGUUGCUCAUGUUGUUCUUGAAAACUGCCUCAAGCUGUUCAACAAAUAUUAUUUUACUGCUGGGAAAAAACCUGUUCUCCUGCAGAGGCUUAUGGAAACUCAAACCAAUAAAAUAACUUGUGCAUACGUGAAGGAUCAAAUGAAGGAUCAGUAUUUGGAAGGAAACCAGCAAAUUUUCUGAUAUUCUGAUGUGAUAUUUUUUAACUACUUGAAGUAUUUUGUUAAAUCCAAAAACAAUUUAUAUUUUUGCAAGUGAAGUUCUGCCAAAUUUGAAGCCACUGCCUAAAGGGUGUGUGAUUUUGAUGUUAUUGUUAUUACUACCUUUGUAUUGCCAAACCUUGUUAUGAACUGUUUCUUUUUUUUAAUUUUAUUGUAGCUUCAGUAUUUGCAAUUUGAACAGUGUGGUCGAACAGAACAUUGUGCUGCAAAUCAUACAAGGGAUCCAUGAUAGUGGGUUGUUUCUAUGAUGGAGAGCAAAAUAUGCACAACUUCUAAACUAAGUCAGUGAAUCACCAUCAGAUAUGAAUAUGUGCGAACAGGGCAGCCUGUUUAAUUCUAAUCCUCUUCAUCGUGAUAUUUGUCUUGGCAUGAGGUGUAAUUAUGAUGACAUAACAGUGAAUUAUGUCUUUUUAAAGGACUUUUGUGUAUAUACAUCUUUUUUUCUCUGCUUGCAUUGACAAUACAGACAAACUGCACAGAGGUAUUUAUUUUCAUAAUUUAUCCUGUUUUUUGUAAACAAAUUUGUAAUAGAUUAUAACAUUAGUAUUUUAUUGUAUGCAAUAAACCCAAGCCAAUACUCUUGAA